UGACCCUACGCCCCGCCACCCAACCCAGCCCACCCAGACCCACGUGCCGACAGAGGAGGUUCGAAGCUUCGCCGCUGGCCAUCGUCGUCCUCUCAUAGCGUACGACGAACGAACCCCUAAGCCAAUUCUGUGUUCCUUAAUUCCCUAAACUCCUUUGCUCAGUUAUCAUUCCUUCUCAACCGGAGCCUCGAUUACAUCUUUGAUGAUCGCCUGCGGAAACCCUAAAACUCAUCUCCGCCAAUCGUAAUAGCGUAAUUCACGAGCAUGCAGGAGAGGACGAGGCUCUCCCGUAAGUUUUCCGCUGUAUUUAUUAGUCUCUGUGCUUUGGUUCCCCUUUUACUCUUUUACAACAGAGAUGGCGUGAUCCGGAACCCUCUACGCCCCCGAAACUCUAACUUUCACGUUCCCUGGCGGUUGGCUCAACUCACUCCUACGAGUCAUCGGCGGCUGAUGGAGUUUUCUUCGAGCAAUUCUUCGCAGGUUUCCUUAGAUAAUGAACGGAUGCUCGGGAAUCCAACUGAAGCUUGCUUCGGACUAGAGCAACACAAGGGCUUCGCUUCGGGUUGCGAUUUUCUGAAGUCCCAUCCCGAUUGCAAUUCCGGUCGAUUUAUCAAUUACAUUUCCUUAUUCUAUUGCGGUUGUGAGAAAUUUCAAAUUUUAGGGUAUGCUAUUCUUGGUUUGUGGCUGCUGGCUCUUUUCUAUCUAUUGGGCAACACCGCUGCAGAUUACUUCUGUUGUAGUCUUGCUAAGCUCUCUAAUCUAUUGAAGUUGCCCCCUACUGUUGCUGGGGUAACAUUGCUUCCUCUUGGUAAUGGCGCUCCUGAUGUUUUUGCUAGUAUCGCGGCUUUUGUGGGCUCUGAAGCUGGAGAGGUUGGUUUGAAUAGCGUGCUUGGGGGCGCAGUCUUUGUUAGUUGUAUGGUUGCUGGGAUCAUCAGCUUAUGUGUUUCUGGUAAGAAUGUAGAGAUUGAUCGGAGAUGUUUCAUUAGGGAUAUCGGAUUCUUCUUGCUGACUUUAAUGGCACUUUCAUUAAUCUUACUUGUUGGAAAUGUGAGUGUUUGGGGAGCAUUCAUGUUUGUCUUUAUCUAUGCGGUGUACGCCUUCAUGGUUGCAGCAAAUGAGUUAUUGAGGAAGCACGCCAAGAUUCUUAAGUUGAAUGCUGUGACCCCACUAUUACCAGUUAGAGGGAGCAUCUUCUCUCAUGGAGACGAAGAAGAUGACUCCAUUUAUAGCUCUCUUUUGGAAGAUGACUUAGAUAACGAUGUGCCCCGAUUGCAUAGUAGCUUGCCUCAGUGGAUGUGGGCAUCAAAUGUGGCAAUCUACUCGAAUGCCGGGCAUGAGGGUGGCACGAGUGACAAUUUAAGGCCUUUGUGGGGAUGGAGCGAGGAUGUAGAAGAAGAUCAUACAAUCUUUUCUUGUAGCAAACUUUUUAUGGUUAUUCAGAUUCCACUUUUGCUCCCACGAAAGCUGACGAUUCCCGUUGUUGAAGAAGAAAGGUGGUCUAAACCUUAUGCCGUGGCCAGCGCAAUACUGGCGCCUUUUCUCUUGGCAUUUUUGUGGAAUUCAGGAGAAAGUGAGAGUAACACUAUAAAAUUAACUCCUUUUUUAUUAGGUAGUCUCGCAGGCAUCACCCUUGGUGUUCUUGCUUUCUUUUUUACAAGUCACGAUCACCCGCCCCAAAGGUUCUUGUUUCCAUGGAUUUUUGGAGGCUUUUUGAUGAGCAUUGUUUGGUUUUAUAUCAUAGCCAACGAGUUGGUUGCCCUUUUCCUCGCUUUGGGUGUGAUACUGGGAAUCAAUCCUUCGAUUCUCGGACUUACAGUGAUGGCGUGGGGUAAUUCCAUGGGUGAUUUGAUGUCGAAUACUGCUCUAGCUUUGAAUGGCGGUGACGGGGUUCAAGUUGCAAUUUCAGGUUGCUAUGCUGGACCUAUGUUUAAUACACUUGCUGGGCUAGGAAUAUCGAUGCUUUUCGGAGCAUUGUCUGCUGCGCCGUCUUCGUAUGUCCUUCCAAAAGAUGGCUCUUUGAUUUAUACAAUGGGAUUUCUUAUGAGUGGGCUCAUAUGGUCUCUGCUAAUCUUGCCAAGAAACAAUAUGCAGCCUAGCAAAUUAUUAGGUUUUGGCCUUAUUGCAAUAUAUGUUAUAUUUCUCGCUUUACAAUUGUGUGCUGCUGGGGGUAUUGUCUCAAUUUUUGGUUUACAAUGAGCCCCAAAUCAUUCAUAGAAGGCUGUGCAUAACUGGAAAUUUAUGGAUAUCCUAUUUGCUUUCUGGAAAUUAUCUAAAAAGUGAUCUCUCUAUUGGUGGUUGCUUAGGCAAAUUACAUCCAAGCACUGCUUAUCAUUCAAACAUUCCGCUUCAUGUGAUCUUAUUUAUGUCCCGGU